AGUAAAGAAAUUAGAUAUGACGGAAAGAAAAGAUAGCGCAUCAUUCCUGCAAGAUAGCUCCAAUUCCAGCGGGAACAAUCAAUUCCCAGAUGAGGAUACAACAGUUUACACCUACUUGGGUAUGAAGGGGAAAAGGCUACAUCAUGCUAUUUCCUUCCUUGCCGGUAUGGGGUUUUUACUUUUUGGGUACGAUCAAGGGGUCAUGGGCUCUUUAUUGACCUUACCUACAUUCAGAGACACAUUCGAAUCGAUUGAUACUACGCGAUACCCUGACCGAGCCACAUUCCAAGGUUUUGUUGUUGCCAUUUAUGAAAUCGGGUGUUUGAUUGGUGCUUUAUUCACCAUGUAUAUUGGUGACAAAAUUGGUAGAAGAAAGACCAUUUUUGUUGGUUGUAUUAUUAUGAUUAUUGGUGCUGUCAUUCAAGCAUCGUCAUUUUCUGUCGCACAAUUAAUUGUGGGGAGAGUUGUUACUGGGUUUGGUAACGGUAUGAAUACAGCUACUGUACCAAUGUGGCAAUCAGAAUGUGCCAAGAGUAAAGAUAGAGGUAAGUUAGUUAUGGUCCAAGGUGCUUUAAUCACAGGUGGUAUUUGCAUUUCUUAUUGGAUUGAUUUUGGUUUCUUCUUUAUUAAGAACAGUUCAGUUUCAUGGAGAUUCCCUAUUGCUUUCCAAAUAGUCUUCCCGUUAUUCAUUUUACCAUUUAUUUUAAGAUUACCCGAAUCUCCAAGAUGGUUGUUAAAGACUGGGAAUACGCAAGAAGCCACUAAAGUUUUCUCUUCUCUUGAUGAAGUAUCAGUGAAUGACCCAAGAAUUGUUUAUGAAGUUAAUGAAAUUGCCGAUUCGAUCGAAAAGGAAAGAAAUGAUGCUACCAACAAGUCCAAGUUCCGUCUCUUGUUUAUUCAAGGUGAAACUAAGAACUUUCAUAGAACAUGUUUGGCUGUUUGGGCACAAAUCAUGCAGCAAAUCAGUGGUAUUAAUUUGAUUGUAUAUUACGCUGGUACCAUUUUCGAAAACUAUAUCGGAAUGAGUCCAAUUAAUUCAAGAAUCUUGGCUGCUGCUAAUGGUACCGAAUUCUUCCUUGCUUCAUGGGUUGCCUUCUACACUAUUGAAAGAUUCGGUAGAAGAAAAUUGAUGUUGUUUGGUGCUGCUGGUCAAGCUGCCUCGAUGGCUAUUUUGACAGGUACUACCUGGGCUGCCAGUCCUAAGAAUAACAACGACAGUGGAGCCGGUAUUGCUGCUGCCGUUUUCCUUUUCUCCUUCAAUACAUUCUUUGCUAUUGGUUGGUUAGGUAUGACAUGGUUAUACCCAGCUGAAAUUACUCCUUUGAACAUCAGAGCUGCUUCUAACGGGUUGAGUACUGCUGGUAACUGGUCAUUUAACUUUAUGGUGGUUAUGAUUGCUCCUGUGGCGUUUGAAAAUAUUGAUUCUUACACAUACACCAUUUUUGCCGUCAUUAACUUGUUGAUGUUCCCAACUGUGUAUUUCUUGUAUCCAGAAACUUCUGGUAGAACUUUGGAAGAAAUGGAUAAGAUUUUCGAAUUAUCCAAUCCUCGUACUCCUUGGGAUGUGGUUAAAAUUGCUAGAGAGUUGCCUUAUGAGAACCAAAUGCACAGUGGUGAUGUUGAAAAGGCAUCAAUGUAAGGUGCUAAAUAGAGUAUAGUUUGUAUAUUAGAUUAAACAAAGUUUCGAUUUAGGAUAACAAUCAGGUUCUGUGUAUG